AAGAGAGCGCUUAGAUCGCUCGAAUAUCGGCGUAACGUUGAGAAAAGGAAAGGAAGAUUUCGCGCGUGCGCUUUUACCUGCUAAAGGAAGGUGCGCGAACAGUAAAUACACGACGACGUGUAUUUCAGCACAGUAACUCGACAUCGUGGUGCGCUUUUGUAGCCAAAAACGCGCAGUCGCGCGUCAAUCCUACUAGGUGGGAGGCGAUCAGCUGUGAAGGGGACAUACACGAGGACAUCGAGAUGUUCGUCCUGCAGAAGUCUAUAUUAUCGGCCUGCGGCAGAAAUUGUGGAGGAUCAUGGGCGCGAGUGUUACCACCUUCACAUCCUGCAGCAAAGGACACCAGACAGAGGGAUAUUCACGAAGUUUCUGGAGAUGUUGUUCCUAUAAACAUGGUCAAGGGUAUUGGACAUCUCAGAGAUCCUCGUCUUAAUAAGGGCUUGGCUUUUACACUGAAGGAGAGAAUAUCCUUGGGAAUUCAUGGUCUCCAACCACCACGAUUUAAGACACAAGAGGAACAAUUGGCAUUAUGCAAGGCUUCGGUCAUGAAGUAUACCGAAGAUUUGAAUCGUUACCUUUACCUUGUCGAAUUGCAGGAAAGAAACGAAAGAUUAUUCUUUCGUUUGUUAAGUGAAAACAUCGAACAAAUGAUGCCGAUCGUUUAUACUCCAACUGUUGGAUUAGCAUGUCAGAAAUUUGGUGUGAUUUAUCGUCGACCACGCGGAUUAUUCAUAACUAUAUACGACAAAGGUCAUAUUUAUGAGAUUCUGAACAAUUGGCCCGAACAAGCAGUCCGUGCAAUUUGCGUUACCGAUGGUGAGAGAAUCUUAGGUCUGGGUGAUCUUGGAGCAUGCGGAAUGGGUAUUCCAGUUGGAAAAUUGGCUCUUUAUACAGCUUUAGCUGGUAUAAAGCCUCAUCAAUGCUUACCGAUUACUAUAGACGUAGGUACCAAUAACGAACAACUCCGUGACGAUCCUCAUUACAUUGGUUUGAACAAACCAAGAAGUCGAGGUGCUGAAUACGACGAAUUGAUCGACGAAUUUAUGGCCGCAUGCGUUCAGAAAUAUGGACAGAAUGUUCUCAUUCAAUUUGAAGACUUUGGAAAUCAUAACGCUUUUCGUUUUCUCGACAAAUAUCGUGACAAGUAUUGUACAUUUAACGACGACAUUCAAGGAACAGCUGCAGUAGCAGUUGCAGGUAUACUUGCAUCGAAAAGAAUAACGAAGAAGAAAAUGUCCGAGAACAAGUUUGUUUUUCUUGGGGCUGGUGAGGCAGCAAUAGGAAUAGCAGAUCUUUGUGUGAAAGCUAUGGAAGCUGAUGGUUGUACCGAAAGUCAAGCUAGAAAUAAUAUUUGGAUGAUGGAUAUAGAUGGAUUGUUGGUAAAAGAUAGACCGGAAGGUAAUCUCGAGGGUCAUAAAAUUUGGUACGCCAAAGAUUACAAGGUCACCAAAUCUCUGAUCGACAUUGUACGUGAAAUAAAGCCAACUGUGCUGAUUGGAGCCUCGGCAGCGGCCGGAGCGUUUACUCCUGAAGUUUUAAAAGAAAUGGCGAAGAACAACGAAAGGCCAUUGAUCUUUGCAUUGAGCAAUCCGACCAGUAAAGCCGAGUGUACUGCUCAACAGGCUUAUGACUAUACUGAUGGUAGAUGCGUAUUCUCCUCUGGUUCACCCUUCGGCGAAGUGAAUCACAAAGGAAAGAUUUACAAACCUGGUCAGGGUAACAACGCUUAUAUCUUCCCUGGAAUCGCAUUAGGUGUAAUAGCAACCGGUGUGCACCAUAUCACUGAGGAUUUAUUCCUGAUUUCUGCUCAGACUAUUGCCGAUCAUGUGACUGAUGAGGAUCUUGAGAUGGGUAGUCUAUAUCCACCCUUAAGCACUAUCCGAGAGUGUUCGAUCGAUAUUGCCGUUAAAAUAGCUAAUUAUGCUUAUGCAAGGAGUGGCUUGGCUAGUGAAUAUCCCGAGCCAAAGGAUAAACGACAAUUCAUUGUCAGUAAGAUGUAUGAUGCCAAUUAUGAUAGUCCACUGCCAAAUCUAUACGAUUGGCCAGUUGAUUACGCCAGUCCUCGUGUUCUGCCAGACAAAGACACUAUAGAAAUCCGCCACGAUUUAAAACAUCUGUAGCGGAUUUCACCGGAUGUGGAUAUUUGAAGGGUAUCAUAAAACACUUUAAGAUUUACAAUAGAAAAAGUACUGGGUCAUGGUAAAAAGAGAGAGAAAGAGAGAGAGAGAGAGAGAGAGAGAGAGAGAGAGAGAGAGAGAGAGAGAGAGAGAGAGAGAGAGAGAGAUUAAUUUGCCGAUUUUUUUUUUUAACAGUGCAUUAUUUGUUACAACAUGUUUUUAAUCAUAAAAAACGUUUUUCGUUGUGUGAUUAUAUGCCAAUGUGUGUGCUUCUUACAUUGAUGUAACUUGCAUAAAUGAGUGAGAGUGAGAUUGAGAAAAUGAGAGAGAGAAAGAGAGAGCGAGAGAGAGCGAGAGAGAGAGAGAGAGAGAGAGAGUGAGAGAGAAAGAGACGCGUUAAUGUUCCUUCAAGGAACAAAUAUUAACAAAACUAUAUAACGGGUGUCGUAGUGCGUUCUAACAUCCUUUAUAUUCUCCUUCGUCCCAUUGACAGUAUUAAAAAAAAAAAAAAAAAGAAUAAAAAGAAUAAAGAAAAAAGAGAUCGAAUCAUUCGGUAUUACAAAUUAUUUCUUUUUAUUUUUUAAACUGAUUGAAAGUAAUUCAAGAAAGUACAUGGACCGCGUGUUUGUACAUACUAGAAUUACGUCUUAAAUUCGAUAAUCAAAAUUUCAAUUAAUUUUAUAAUAUGGUAUACAACAUAUAUACAUAUAAUAUAUAUAGAAAAAUGAAUUAAUUUAUUCGACAUAGGAUAAAAGACUAAUCGAUCGAUUAUAAUACAUCAUAAAUUUUGUUUUGUAGAGAAAAAGAAAAAAGAAAAGAAAAAAGAAAAUUAUCAUUGGGAAUUUAUUUUCAAUUUGUCCUUCGUAUUAAUAUUUGAUUUAAGAAAUUUAAUUUUCAUUUCGAAUUUAGAUCGAUCAUCAGUGAUUUUAUAUUGUUUGGAAACAAAUAUCGUAAUUAAGGAAAAAUUAUACAUAUUGAACAAGAUAUACAUAUUCCAUCCAGAAAAUAAAUCCUUCCAUCCUUGAUUUAAAAAGAAACUAAUCCUCCUAACCCAACAAGGAUCCCGGAUUUUAAAGAUAAGUAAUUACAACUAAGUGCACGCUUUAGCGCUGAUGCAUUUCUUUUUUUGCGAUAUUUGGUAUAGUGUAUAUUUUUUGUUUUAUUUUUUUUUUCUUUUUUUCUUUCUUUUUUUUCGUUUCUAUUCUCUGUUUCUAUUCUUUUAUCUUCCUUCUUUUAUUAUUAUUAUUAUUAUUAUUAUUAUUAUUAUUAUUAUUAUUAUUAUUAUUAUUAUUAUUAUUAUUAUUAUUAUUAUUAUUAUAUAUUCUUUUUCUUUUCUUUUCUAUCCAAAAUCUCUAGCCGAACAAAAGCUGUACAUAUAUGUAUGUAUGUAAUAUAAAAGGUAAUUUACACGGAAUGGAGAAGUUCUUAUAAGAAAGAAAUAAAAGAAAAUGAUCUAGAUUUCGAGUUUUAAAAGACACUAUCAUUAAUUGAUCCUUUCGCUUUUGCUUUUAUUUCUUUUUUAUUUAAGAAAAGGCAUUUUCUCAUUUUAUUUUCUUUGAGAAAAUUGGAAAAUAUUUUAACAUUUUCUUAAAUCUUUCAAGGUCUUCGUUAUUAAUAGUAGAAUAUUAGGGAUCAUGCUAUAGCAAUUUUUAUAUUUAAUUUAUUUCUUCUUCUUUAAGAUCGAACAUGAUAAUUUAUUUAAUUUAUUUAUUUUCUUUUUUUUUCGAAGAUAGAAUUUUAUUUUUGCGUGGCUAUUACUCCCGAAAUUUCCUUAUCGAUAUUAAUGAUAUAUACUAUUUUCUUCUCUCGUGUAAACGUACAUUUAACAGUAGGAAUUAUUACCUUGAAUGUCGCAUGUGUUGCUGUUAACAAUGUCUAUGAUAUCACAAAACUUUCUAUAAAUGAUACACGUAAUACGUAAAUUGUGCUUGUCGUUAUAAUUGUGGUUUGGACAUUUAUUAAUGAAUAACUAUUUUGUGAGAAUUCUUUUUUAUUACGAGUGAGAUAAUUUAUCGUUAUUUUCGAUAUUAUGUGAAUGCAAAACAUUUGUCAGGGCUUCCCCAAUCUUUUGAAUUCUCAAGGUUUAGCCAUGUCGAUAAUAUUUUUUGACGAAUUGUUUGUGAAAAAAAUAAAAUAAAGUAAAAUAAACAAUAAUCAGAAAUCAUAUAAAAGAAAAUUUCUUACAUACGUGCAUACAAUAAAUAAAUAAAUAUAUAUAUAUAUAUAUUGCUUGGCUAGGCGUUUAGAAAAAUAAAAGUAAACAUUUUUUGUAUAAUGUCAUUUUAAUUAUGACUAACCGUGUUCUUCUCCCAACAGAUUAUGACGUGUUGGCGAGUGUUUAACAAGGCAACGUCUGUGAAACAAAAUAUAUAUACACACAUACACUCGUUCAAAAUUUAUUUUAAUGGACUGAAAAGUACGAUCGUUCUCUUAGCCCUUAACGCAUAUAUUACACUAUGACGAGAUUGAAUAAAUAACUAGCGUGACGAUAGUAAUAAUAAAAGAAAGAAAAAUAUUACAGUAAUUAAUAUUUCAUAAAUGUCAAUACGGGUGAUUAUUACAAUAGUUAAGGGUUGAGGAUGGUCAGACCGAACAGUAUUUAAUUAUAAUAAUUAAAAUGUUUGUAUGAAAGAAAAAUGAUUUUACUUUUCACCAAAUGAUAUAUAUAUAUAUAUAUAUAUAUAUAUAUAUAUAUAUAUACAUACACAUACAUACA